CGCGCUCGCAAAAACGAAUAACAGUCAGACCGGGGAAGAAGCCAUUUGCGUUUGCCAAUAAAUUGCCCAUUGAAUUUGAGUUGAAUUCGGCAUCCAGCAGUGCGAUCGAGCGUUCGGCAAACAUGUUCAAAGGGGAUAAACCGGAGCAGGUGUUACAGAUCGAGCCAUCGAACGAGCUGCGCUUCACAGGCCCAUUCACAAGCGCAGUCACUUCGUACAUCAACCUUAAGAACCCGUCGGACAAGAAGGUGUGCUACAAAAUCAAAACCACAGCUCCAAAGCAGUACUGCGUCCGACCCAACUCGGGCACUUUAGAUCCUGUGUCCUCCGUGGAGAUUGCAGUCAGCUUACAGCCUCAGCAAGGUGAAUUUCCUGGCACAGAGAACUACAAGCACAAGUUCAUGGUGCAAACGAUGUUUGCCCCUGAUGGCGAAUACGACGCAGACCAAUUAUGGAAGGAGAUAACACCCGAAAAACUGAUGGAUUCAAAACUCAAAUGCGUGUUUUCUAGUGGCUCAGAAGUUCCAGCAACCGAAGACUGUGUCAAAGAAGCGCCAGUUCAAGAAAAGAAAGUCACCAAGAGCAACAAGGUUGGUACUCAGGCUGAAAAUGAGCUGGCUCGUGCAGCUGCAGAGGUCAAGACGCUAAGGGAAGAAGAAAGCACUCUAAGACAAGAAAAUCUUGCUUUGAAGGAAGAGGUUUUGCGACUGCGUAAAUCUAAUAGGGAGGCCCGAGAGCAUUCCGGAGACUCCUCAAUCGGAAGCGGCGGAGCCAAUGCGCAGACACUUGCCACCAUGGAGAACAACAGAGUUUACCUUGUCCUGGGCAUUUUUGCUGUUUUGUUUGGGAUUUUGUUGGGAAAGUUCCUGCUCUGAGCCAUACGUCACUUGUCACUCAUCUCAAAUCCACAAGCUCCGAUCCAGUUUGCCUAAAACGCUGCUGCUACUGAUUGAUUUGUAAUAAUCCGAACGAAUUACAUGGGUAGGAACAUUCUGAUAAGUACCAAACGGUCUUUUGUAUGUACAAAAGUCAAGCUUUGUAAAUCAACUCGAUUUGGUUUCAUCUCCAGUCAGAACCGUGCUUUCGAAUUCUCGUAGGCGUUAACUCAUUUUCCAAGCGGACUUGUAUAUUAUUUAAAAGGAAAUAAAUAGAAGUAGCCACCUGCUUGUGUCGGAUGCCCAGAGGUUUCAAACAGGACAAGCAAGGUCUUUUAAAGUCUUGAAUCCUGUUGGCAAUAAGCUGCUUUUCAAAAUUACUGCUCAUUUCAUUUGGCAGAAACUAAAGUUAGCCACAAGCCAAGUUAUUAUCCUUUGUCAGUGUGACAAUGUUGCACCAAAUACAUUUCCACUUUUUUGAAAUUAAUCGACCUUGUUUAAGCUGCCACUCUGGGAGUUCUACUGGAGAACAAAACUACGUAAUUAUUUUUCGCUCCCUGCCUAUGUAGUGCAUGUCUGUUUUUACACUCUUAUGAACUUUCCGCUCGUAGUAGGAAACCCUUUAAGUUUUGAGAAUGCAAGGAAGGGUGCUGUUGUAGAUACUGAAAAAUGAUGGCCCCCACAUGAUAAGCAAGCAAGAAAAAAAUGCUGUAUAUAUUGGAGUAAGUGAAUUUAAGCAAACAAUCAACUAUUCAUCCCGGACUGCAAUUGGCUUGUGUAUUUGAUAUGAAUCGUAUUAAUUAUGUAAAUUGUUAACUAUUAUUACAUGAAUAUAAAGUAAUUAAUAAUUACACUCCUUCCUUUGAUUUUUAAUAUUUAUUAUUUGGAGGCGUCAGUAAAAGGCAUUUCAACAAUAGCACUUUUUUACCAAGAGUACCCCCCUUUUUUGGACGCUUCUGAACAAUUUUUUGUAUCUGUGCACAUGUUCUGUUAUAAGCUUGUAAGGUUGAGUGGCUAUGAACUGAGAAGCAACCAUAUAUUUCAGCACAUCCUUGGUCUCACAGGCCUAUUGUUAUGUCAUUUUUUGUCUUUUGCACCUUGAGAAAUUUGAUAAGCCCUGCGAUUAUUGUUUCGUCUUUGAGCAAUUAACCUCACCAACCUUAACUUAACGACCCUUUGCUUUAUAGAGAGCAUUCACUUUAGUUUUGAAUCUGACGAAGAAAUGCCUUAUUGCCUUUCCACUUAUUUGGAACGCUAUAUUUCGCCAGAAUGCUGGAGAAAAGCCAUUUUCUGCUAACAUUUGUAUGGCACAUAUAUUGCCACGGUUGUGACGCUUUGACUCGAUGCACAGCUGUCGGGCCAAAUUAUCACAGUCCUGGUGACUAGUGGGCAGAGAGCAAGUGUGUGUUAAAUUUAUGAAAUAAACUGUAUCUAGAAACAAAAGAACUUGGAAACGACUUGUUUAAUUUCAUCAAUGGUACUUGGAUACUUGAAAACAAAUUCUUGUUUAGUGAAGUACACAAAUAUUUAUUAUCACCACAUGCCAGCCGAUUUAGAUCUUCAAAUUGAGAAAUUCACUGAAUUCCUCACAAAAUCAAUAAAUAAAUUAAAUAUUACAACACAAAUGUUGACGACUGACAAGUCAUGGCAUCAUAGAUGAAAGUGUUAUUGAUGGGCUUGUAUUGAGACGUGAUGAACUUGAUACCCUCUUGAGCGGCACAGCCCCC